UGUUCUGCCAAGAUUUGUUUACUUCAUUCUAAAUGACAUAUUAAGAGGAAUAAAUUAUACAGUACCAAGAAUAGGUUAAGUCUUACGUGCCCUAAGGAUUGUUUUGUUCUGAUAUUUUUGCUGAUUGGAAAUAGAGCUCUCUCUUGUACGAUGUCGAUGAGCUGUAUCCUACUUUGUGUCUGUCUGUGUGUCCUGUCCGCUCAGCUAAGGACGCAUGGCAUGGCCCUUACGGGUCCAGAGAAAAGAGGAUGGACACUGAACAGUGCAGGAUACCUACUGGGUCCCUAUGCACACAGAACUCUCAUGGUAAGACAUGGAGCUGCACAGGACAAGCGGAGCAGCUGGGAAGAGCAGGAUAUGCACUCCAGCCUCUCCACACAUCAGCCUUCACACAAUGAAUCGUAUCUUCAGUCACUGCUGGAACUACUCAUGUACCUACGCAUAAAAGAGAAUGGAAUGACUGAAGACUUUAACAGUUCUAUAUUCAAUGAUGACAUAACACAGUAAUGGAAAUGACUACCAUUAACUUUUUGCACCAAACCAGAACUUCAGUCGUUAUGUCACAAAGUUUGAUUCCUACUUCAUGUUAUACAGAAAUGCACAAAAGGGAUUUAUUACAUGUUUUGGACAUUAUUGUACUGCUCAUGUUUUUCAGACAGUUCAAACUGUAUGCAAAUGUGAACCGUUGGUUUUCUGCUAAAUUA